CUUGCAUCCUUAUCAAUGGACCUGAUUGGUUUUGGUUAUGCAGCCCUUGUGACAAUUGGAAGUGUUUUGGGAUAUAAGCGGAGAGGUGGAGUUCCGUCUCUGAUUGCUGGGCUCUCUGUAGGCCUUUUGGCUGGCUAUGGAGCCUACCGUGUCUCCAAUGACAAACGGGAUGUCAAAGUAUCAUUGUUUACAGCUUUCCUCCUGGCCACCAUAAUGGGUGUGAGAUUUAAGAGGUCCAAGAAAGUAAUGCCUGCUGGUCUAGUCGCAGGCUUAAGCCUCAUGAUGAUCCUGAGACUUGUCCUGCUGCUGCUUUAGAAUCCAGAGAAGAGGAGAGCCAAACUCCCACCAUGCUGUUGGGCCUGGCAGAGCAGGCUCUUGCUUUAGAAAGAUCAACUUAAAUACAUGGGAAAUGUCUUCUAUCGAAAUGAAAAUAAUGUUGUCACCCUAAUAUUUAAGAAUAAUUGGCAAUGUUUAUUCGUUCCCCCUGCAACGCCUUUUUAUUUAAUGCACAGAUUUUAGAUGUUUCCAUUUGUAAAUCCCGGUCUUUCAUGAAUUGUGACAUGCUCGUUUGCUUUGUCUCACUUUGUAUCUGGAAAUUGGGGGCUGGAUAUUUUCUGCUUUUGACAAUCCCAGACACUUAUGACUAAAAUAAGUUAACUGCAACCUGUCAGACAAUGGGACUCCUGGAGUGGACCACAGGGAGUGUGAAUGAGCUGUGUGUGACUUUGUACAUUAGGGGUUCUAUUUGUAUUGUUGGGGGCGGGGUGAGUUUGCAUUGAAGGGAUUCUGUUCUCAGUACAUCAAAUCCUGACCAAAUGUAAUCAGUGUUUAAAUAAAAUGCAUCGUAUUCUAAGUCA